AUAGGUACCCAGAGAAUAAGAACCGCGGAGAUAAUCGCAAUUAUUAAACAGCUGUUGCGUCGAGAAAGAGUUCCCAUUUCCACUCUUAUACCAGACCUCUCUCUUUCCGAGUAAUAACUGCAAUUUCCAAUGACCAACCAGACCUACCCUACCUUAAGUAACUGCUCCGUUACAACCCAGACGUCUGGCCAUAUUUGCAAACCAUAUCUUGAUUGUAUAUCAGACAUCUGCACGAGCUUGUGACUGUCUUUAUAAAGAUUAACAAGAGAUAAUUCCACUUUUGACACACGGAAAAUAUAUUUAUUAUCUUUUGUGGAGGUGGUGAAGGUGCCGAGGUUGCACAACAUUUUGCAACGCAACCAAUUUCGGGUUACUUAAUCUCAGGAUCCAUCGAGCUAAUAAAGUAUACGGCUCCAUUCACACAUUCUGCCCCCCAUCGAACCGUACUCCACUGCCACAGCGGGAACUUUUCCAUUGAGAGUGGAGCUCUUUUGUUUUCCUCAUUGGCCGACGUUAAUGAUAAUGAUAAUGACAAUAUUAUUAUAAUAAAACCGAAAACGAGUCUGACGGAGGCGUUAAUUAAUGGGAAUCGUCACUAUCAGAGCGCAUUGUUAAACUGCUAUAAAACGAGAAUUGAGUAAAAAAAAAAGGUCCUAGAAAUAAUCAUGCAGCUGACAAACAAUUCGCACAGUCGAUUUAUAUAUUGAGGCAAUCAAUAAAUCGUUUAGCCAGACGGGCGUCAAGUCCGCAACCGAUCAAACAUGGUUUACUAUUCCAACGGGGAGCGGAGGCCCCUGCUGAUCCGCGUAGUUCCCGAUCCCCUGAGGAAACUAGCCACCUCCGGUUUCGGUGCCCGCCACUGGCAGGCGAUCCUCCUGUUCGUGGGCAUGAUGAUCAACUACUUCCAGCGGGUCAACAUCUCGGCAGCCAUUGUUCCUAUGACCCAGUCCACGGCAGGCGCUCCCUUUUACAACUGGGAUACGUCUGACAAGUCUUUGAUCCUCAGCAGUUUCUUCUGGGGGUAUGUGGUCUCCCAGGUCCCAGCAGGUAGGAGAUUCAGAGUCCCAGAAAGUUCCACAGCUAACUCUUUUUCCGUAGGACUUUUGGCCAAGCGCUUUGGUGCCAAACUGGUUCUCGGCGUGGCCACCGCCAUAGGCGGCAUCUUGUGCUUUUUUCAUCCCUUGGCCGCCCACAGUGGCUGGGAGAGUGUCUGUGUGCUGCGCGUCUUUACUGGCAUUGUCCAGGGAACAGUCUAUCCUUGCGUUCACACACUUCUGGCUAAGUGGGUGCCGCGCACGGAGCGGGGAUUCCUCACCACGGGCAUCUACUCGGGUGCGCAGUUCGGAACUGCAGUUAUCCUGGUUACCAGUGGCUUUAUCUUUGAGUCUAGCAUGGGCUGGCCGGGACUUUUCUACCUGUCUGGGGGUCUGAGCGUGGCCUGGGCGCUCCUGUUCUUCUGGCAGGGAGCCAACGAACCUGCCACCGCCCCCAAGAUCAGCAAGAUCGAGCAGGAGUACAUAGAGAGCCUGACGGGCAGCAACAGCGCGAGUCAGUCCAUGCCCGUCCCCUGGAUGUCGAUCUUUAGGUCACCAGCUUUCUAUGGUCUGCUGGCUGCCCAUUGCGGCUUUACUUGGGGCUUCUACACCCUGCUGACCGAGAUGCCCACGUACAUGAGCAAAGUGCUGCAGCUGAACGUCAAGUCAAAUGCCUUCCUAUCCUCGCUGCCGUACUUCGCCAUGGGUGUUCUCUGCCUGGUGGUCAGCCCUAUCUCAGAUCUUCUCAUCAACCGAGGCACCAUUUCGAUCACCACCGCCCGAAAGCUGUUUAACUCCAUCGGGCAGUGGGGACCGAUGGCCUGCCUGAUUGGAUUGGGCUACAUGACCGCUGACGAGAAGACGUGGGCCAUCCUCCUGCUGACGCUGGCCGUGGGCAUCAAUGCGGGUUGCUCCUGCGGCUACCUGAUCAACCACAUAGAUCUGUCGCCAAACUUUGCAGGUCCCAUGAUGGGUGUGACCAAUGGCAUAGCCGGAGUGACGUCCAUUGUGGCUCCCUUGGUGGUGGGAGCAAUUCUCAACAAUGAGGAGGAUCCCAGUCAGUGGCGGGUGGUGUUCUUCAUCACGGGCGGUGUCUAUCUGGUGUGCAACACUCUGUUCGUGAUCUUCGGCAAGGCCACAGUGCAGUCUUGGAAUGAAGCUCCCAGCAUGUCCAGUACGAUGACGUUGCGCAACAACCUGGAGAACGAUUCGAGGACCAUUGCGCCGACGUCGGAUAAGGACCAUCGAUUCUGAAGCAUCUGGAACUCGCCGCCGCUCCCAUUGACAAUCUCGUUAAUUGUAGUAAUUAUAAGUUAGUGUUCUUUGGAUAAGCCUAGCUCUAAUUAAAGAUAUUCGUUUAUGUUUACGCUUAUGCUAAAGGAAGCUUAAUGUGGCUUAGUUGUGCGAUAGCCCUAAUUAGACUUUACGAUGUGUGGCACGUUUCCAAAGUGAUAAAGAGAUUAAGUCGUGCCGAGUAUGUCUACAAGUGAACCGUCACAGCAUAGUAAUAGAUAUAUAUAUACAACCCCUCA